AUGGCCGAAUCUUGCGACCCACUAAUUCGCGAUGGGGUUUCAUACAUACAAUGGAUAUUUGAUACUUUUGGAAGUUGUAUAUAUGGAAAUCAAGAAUUAAUUAGCAUCGCAUUCGGCUAUCUAUCGGUUUUUUGUUGGCUGAAUGCUCAAUUUCCGCAAUUGAUAGAGAACUUUAGAAAUAAGUCGGUGAGCGGAUUGAGCGUGCCAUUUUUGUUCAAUUGGUUACUAGGAGACAUAUCAAAUUUACUUGGAUGUAUAUUAACAAACCAACUACCGUUUCAAGUUUAUCUGGCUAUCUAUUUUUGCAUAGUAGAUUUAUGUCUAUUCUAUCAAUACUUUUAUUAUACAAGGGGCAGAGCUUCCAUACGUGAAUUAACAAGAAAUUCUUCGGAUGAGGAAAGAAAAAAACUCGAAAUUAAUUCGAGUCAUAAAGAUAUUACGACUGUCACCACUUUUGCAAUAAUGUUUUUGAUGUUUCACUUCACUCGCCGUACUGCUUCUACGAUUACGACUUCAUCUUUGCAUGCCCUACGGUCGCCAAAUGUCGAUGAUAUACCUUCCAAAACGUUCUUUCAAGAAAAUUCAUUGUUGAUCGGAAGAAUUUUUGCGUGGACUUGUGCCAUCCUAUAUUUGAGCAGUAGAAUUCCGCAGAUUAUUAAAAAUCACAAAAGAAAGUCAGUGGAAGGUCUCUCCAUAUUCAUGUUUAUAUUCGCCGCACUGGGUAAUCUCAAUUACUCCCUCUCAAUCUUUAUUAAUCCACGGUUUUCCAGAGAUGACUCAUAUGUGCGCGAAACUAUACCUUAUGUCCUUGGUGCAAUUGGAACACUGGGAUUUGAUCUAACCAUAUUUGUACAAUGGUAUAGAUGGCGACGAAACAAUAAGGGGGUGGACAAGGCCACUUACGCCAUGUUGAUGUCUGACGAGGUGUGUGAAGAGGCUUUAAUGAUGGAUGAAAUAUAUAAGAGGAAUAGUAUAGAAAGUGAGGACAGUUCAAACUAUGACGAUUAA